UGGCUGCUGCAACCUCAAGCCUAUCCUGAUACACCGAAACGACAUCAAGGUGGAUAGAGAGGGAGAGAGAGAGAGAGAGUGAGAGAGAGAGAGAGAGGAGGAAGAGAGAGAAAGAUUAGGAAAAUGAGAGCAGAUAGAGAGAGAAUGUGAGCGAGUCUGUGAGUGUUUCCUGAAAGGAGGAUAAAAAAGAGAGGGAGAGAGAGAGGGAGAGAGAGAGAGAGAGAGAGAGAGAGAGAGAGAGGAGACCCUGGGGUGGGCUGCUGCAAGCGGCGGGCAACACCGAGCCAUGGAGGGCGAUGUGCGUGUUCGCGCAGUGGUGAUGACACGUGACGACUCCAGCGGCGGUUGGGUGCCCCUCGGAGGUGGCGGCCUCAGUCAUGUGGUCAUAUGUAAGGGGCGGAGCCAGGACGGCAGGGGGCGGAGAGAAUACGUCAUACGCGGAGAACGCCUGCGAGACCGAGCGCCGGUGUUGGAGUUCACUGUGCAGAGGGGACUAGUGUACAACAAGGUGAACCCCAUCUUCCAUCACUGGCGAGUGGAGGAUCGAAAGUUCGGCCUCACCUUCCAGAGUCCUGCCGACGCCAUUUCCUUCGAGAAGGGGCUGCAGACGGUCAUCGACAAGCUGGACCGAGGCUCCGACUCGCCCUCGUCCUCCACGCCGGAGGAGGCCGACACCGAGGAUGAUGGACAAGCUUCCCAUACAGGAAGUGAGUCGUCAUCCAACAGCAGAAAGGAGAUGCUUCCCAAACCCAUCACCAUAGUGACGAGCGAGUCGUCGUCCACCUGCUUCGUGCGGCCAGAGGAGUUCAGCUUCGGGUCCGGCCAUGCUGUCACCACGCAGACGCCUGCUCAGAUCCACACCAGGCCAGGGCAUCUCUCACCACUGACGGCUGUGUUGAAUCCCCCAGCGCCCCCGCCCCCGCCACCUGCUCCACCCUCGCCUACUGUGGGUCCCCCGGCCUCAUCCCCUCUGUCCCCCCUCUCGCCUACCAUUUCUCUCCUGGAAGAGGGAGACCUCCGCAGUGUGGACCCUUGCAAAGACCUGUGGGGUUCUAGGGGUUACGAGGACUACCGACGGGCAGGGGCCACCAGGACUAUGGUCGGUGGGCUGACUGGGGGUGUGGUUGUCGGCGGCGGGGGGAGUGUGCAGGACAAGUCGGAGCUGUGCGUGGUUCGCUUUGAGAAGGAGCUGUCAGGAGUGGGGACGGCAGGCUGUGACGUGACCGUGAGCUUGGAAAGUAAAGCAUCCCAGCGUCUGUCCUCGUCCUCACCUACCUGUGUGUCCAUGCCCAAUGCUGUGUCGGGCGUGUCCUCAGGUGCCGGCUCCCCCCAGGAGACGGGCAAGGGCUCGCCCUCUCCAUGCUGCAUCCACACCUCACUGGCCACGCCCCGGUCGCGGACUCGUAAGAGAGGAGGGGCCAGCAGCGGAAGCGACCCGGGGGUAAUCUCCCCCGACGACGACAGCCCCUGUCCCCAGGGUUCAUCGUCAUGCUCCUCUCGCUGCGUGUACUGCCGCUCGGUUUUCAGCACUUCGGAUAACGGGCGGGGCCGCUGCAGGGAUGCCCCAGACCCGGCCCUGCACUGCCUGCGCCAGUGGACCUGUGUGUGGUGCGCAGAGAGUCUGCUCUACCACUGCAUGUCGGACUCUGAGGGAGAGUUCUGGGAGCCUUGCUCGUGCGAAGACUCGUUGGGGGGCCACCCGCACCCCCUCUGCUGUGCCCGCUGGUUGGCCCUCCUGGCCUUGUCGCUCUUCGUGCCCUGCAUGUGCUGCUACCUGCCUUUGCGCGCCUGCCUACGGUGUGGGGAGAGGUGUGGCUGCUGCGGGGGAAAGCACAAGGCGGUCCGAUGA